AUGCCCAACAAUCUUGAAGGAAAGGUAGCGAUCGUCACGGGCUCAGGCCGCGGCGUGGGCCGGGGGAUCGCUAAGCUGAUGGCCGAAGAAGGCGCGAAGGUCGUGGUCGUUGACCCUGGGGUCAACGUUGACGGCACCGGGUUCGACCAAUCGAUUGCCGAGGUGGUGGUUGGCGAAAUCAGGGACGCGGGCGGAACCGCCGUGGCGUGCACCGAAUCGGUGGCCACCAUGGAAGGCGGCGAACGAAUCGUGCAAGCGGCCAUCGACAACUUCGGGCGGCUGGAUAUCGUGGUUUUGCUGCGCCGGGAUCCUGCGAGACCGCAUGGUGUUCAACAUGACGGAGCAGGAGUGGGACGACGUGAUCGCGGUCCAUCUGAAAGGACGUUCACGGUGGUCAAACACGCGUGCAUUCUGUUCCGCCAGCAGCGGUCGGGUCGGGUGAUAACCUUCAGCAGCCAGUCCGGGCUGGUGGGCAACAGCGGCCAGGCCAACUACGGUGCGGCGAAGAGUGGAAUCGCCGGUCUCACCAAGGUGGUGGCCAAGGACAUGGGCCGGUAUGGCGUGACGGCGAACGCGAUCGCGCCGCGAGCGUCCACCAGGAUGAUCGGGGCCAUUCCCGAAUCUGCGGCGGAGAUCAGGGCGCGUGGUGGCGUCGCAUCGCUCUCGGGAGACGGCGGCGGCGAUGGCGAGCUGCAGAACCUGGACCCGGACGGGAUCGCGCCGUUCGUGGCCUACCUGGCCUCAGACUACGCGUCCAACGUCAACGGCCAAACCUUCCUGGUGUACGGGAACACGGUGUCGCUGAUGUCGCAGCCGCGACCGGAAAAAGCGAUCUGGACGGAGUCGGGACACUGGGAGAUGGAUGAGCUCUCGGCGCGGGCGCGCGGUUACCUGACUGCCGGAAUCGCGAAUCCAGCGCCGGCGCAGCAGCGAUAA